CCCGGUUUCGGGAUCGGCCCCGGGCGCGGGAUGGCGGGGCCGGGGCUGGAGCGGUACCGGCUGGCGCUGCUGGCGGCGCGGGAGGACGUGGGGAACCCCCGCGUUGCCACCGACUGGGCCGUCUUCGGCUAUGAGAAGCACCACGACCUCAAGCUCCUGGAUUCCGGAGCUGGGGGGCCGGAUGAGCUCGCUGGAAAAUUCUCCGCCAGCAGCGUCAUGUACGGGCUGUGCCGGGUCCCCGACCCCGGCUCCGGCACCCCCCGGAUCGUCCUCAUCAGCUGGGUGGGGGAGAAGGUGCCGGAAUCGCAUCGAGCGGAGCGUGCUGGGCACCUGCCGGCCAUCCGGAGCUUCUUCAGGGAGGCCACGGCCCUGGUCAGCGCCCGCCGCCCCGAGGACGUGACGCUGGAGGGGCUGCGCCGGGCACUGGCACAGCUGGAGCCCCCCGCCCCCCGCGCCCCCAGGAGAGGAACCCUCCCGGACAUCCCGGAGCUGGUGGGAACCAACUACCGCAAGACCAACCCGGCGCUGGAGAUCCAGCGCACCCAGCGCCAUUCCUUCUGGGAACAGGCCGAGCGGGAGGAGCAGCAGCGGAAGGAGGAGGAGCGGCGGCGGGAGCGGGAGCAGCGGCGGCGCUGGGAGAGAGAGCGCUUGGAGGAGGAGCGGCGCGGGGCCGCGGAGCGGGAGCGGUGGCUGCAGGAGCGGGAGCGGCUCAUCGAGGAGCGGCGGCAGGAGCAGGCGCGGCUGGACGCGGAGGAGCGGAAGAAGGAGCAGGAGCGAUGGGAGCAGCAGCAGCGGGAGCACGAGGCGGCCGAGCGGGAGCGCAGGGCGAGCAGAGGGGGCAGCGGCACGGCGGCCGAAGCCGCCAUCCUCGUCUCACAGCGCACCCAGAACCCCCGGGAAUUCUUCCGGCAGCGGGAGCGCUCGGGGUCCACGUCUGGCCCCGCCCUGCCCGGUGGCCCCCCCGGUGCCCGCCGGCCCUUCCUGCGGUACCAGCGCAGCCUGACGGAAUCCGCCUUCAUCUUCCGCCGGCCGGAGCCCCCCUCGACCCCCCCGCCCGGCAUCUCCCGCGGGGCACCGCCCCCCAGCCCGGGCCGACCCCCACCGCCCCUGCCCCCCAGCCCCGCGGGAAUAGGGACCUCCCAGUAGUCGCCCCAUGCCAUCAGUCCUGUGGGGACAGGGACCCCCCAAUGUGCCAUCACCGGGACCCCUCCCAGCCCUGCGGGGACAGGGACUCCUCCCUCUGUCACCCCAAGGAGCCCUCCCAGCUCUGUGGUGAUGGAGACCCCCAAAUGUGCCACCACUGGGACCCCUCCCAGCCCCAUGGGAACAGGGACUCCUCACUCCAUCACCCUGGGGACCCCCCAUUCUGUCACCACCAGGCCAAGAUCCCCACCCGUCAUGUCUGGGCCCCCCUUCAGCCCCCCCAGGAUGGAGAGGUGA